AUGGGAUCAGCAUCUCAGUCAUCAAGGGUCGAUCCCGCUGAUGCACAGGAGGUUCACGAAUUGGCAUUCGAAUGGGCUAUGAGUGCUGAUACCAAGGAUUGGGACCGUAUGCGACAAAUUCUAGCCCCCAAGUUAAAUAUUGAUUAUACGGAUGUUGCCAACCAAGUGUUCACAGACAUUUCUCCUGACGACUGGAUUAAGCAUUCUGAAAGCCCUAGAGUCCUGGGAGGAAGGCGCGUCUCCACGCAACACCUUCUUGGAGCAGCGAAAUAUAUCAAAGUCUCAGACCUCCAGAUAACGGCCCACUAUCAGAUCCGAGCCGCUCAUGUGCGUUGGAAGGAUGAUGACCGGACCCAGGAAGGCCUCAAAGGUCACGGACAUGGCGAGAUGGUCCAGCAUUACACCAAGAUAGACGGUGUGUGGAAAUUGUCUGGAUGGAAGCCGACUGUUUUCUGGAACGAGCAUGACUUUGAGAGGUAUAUGCAUUUCGGCCUCACUCAGCCGUUGUCAGAGCUAUAG